AUGCUGGAUUUAAGAGUGUCAGAGAUACCUACUAAGCAUAUUAUGAAAAGGUGGACGAAGGACUCUAGAGACAUACUACCUGAAAAUCUGUUGAUGUAUCAAAAUGACAGAGGUGGAGUCAAGAAUGAUACAUAUCGUCAUGCCAAGCUUUACCAUACUGCUUUAGAGUUUGUCAGGAGAGGUGCCGCAAAUGUCCAAGCUUAUGAAACGGCUUUGAUUCUACUUGAACAAGCCAACAACAGGAUACAGGCAAUAUGCGCCAUAAGGGAUGGAAUGGGUGUAGCAGAUCGUGAGGCGGCUGCUCUGGCUGAAGCGACCGAGUCAAGUUGCAUGGCACAAGAUGGCGGGCGCAAUGAAACAUCGGGGAUGAGUCUGGCUCCGAAGAGGAAACGUCCUACUGGUAGUCCAACUACGAGCAGGGACAAGGCGCCUUAUGAGAAAGCAAUAAAGAGAUCGAGGUUCUGCAAGAUAUGUCGUGUCGAAGGUCACAAGAACACCACUUGCCCACAAUGCGGUGACAUGCCGAAAGCACCUCGCAAAGAACCAAAGUGCACAAACUGUGGUGUGCUGGGCCCUGCUGGGCCAUCGACGCAACAAUUGUGGUAA